AUGAACAAUUUCGAAAAAGGAAAGGAACUAGAAGACAAAACUGCCAAUAUAUUGGAUGCUGUAGGAGUCAAAAAUAAUAAAAAUAGUGGGCCUGGAGAUGGUGGGAUCGAUAUCUCUGGAGAGGCUGCAAGUCACGAAUUUGCAAUCCAAUGCAAGAAUUGGGCCAAUAAAAUAGGUCGUAGCAUCGCGGAAAGCUUGCAGGGGUGCUCAUCUGACGUGAAUACCAUGGAAAAAUCAGUAUCGUGGUGGCGUCCUCCGGAUAUUUAUCCGGAGCAAAAAGCCGGACGGGUGCAUGGGAUUAUAUUGACAAAU